GUUUCGUACAUCACAAUGAUCUCCACAAUCACAACUCGAGUGAUAAUGAGCUUUUGAGUUUAGUAUCAAUUUAUUUGGGAGUAGAGUUUUCGAUUUGGUUUUGCUCCAAGGCUGUACGUGCCAAUGGAGACCCUCUUGGAGCAACAGCGGCGCUACCAUGAGGAGCGUGAGCGCCUCGAGGAGGCGAUGGCGCAAGAAAAACUUUUGAAGAAACCAGUUCUCAAAGAAAGGAUCAACUCAGACCAUCGGGUGGAUCAGUACCUGCGGAGGUAUCAAGAGUGCACUGAUACGCUGCAUGACCUCUACGAGGACAACGAUGGCCUCCGGAAGAAGGAGAUCGCAGCGCUCUCAGGCCCAAAUGAGCUUGCAGAGUUCUACACACGUCUGAGACAUAUCAGAGACUGGCAUCGUAAGUUUCCGAACGAGGUGCAGGAACCCAUGCAAUAUGAAUUUCUGAAAAUGAAGGAGUCAGGCGAGGAUGACAGCGCUCCAGUUGUGUUCACUGAUGAGGAGGGCUACGGGAAGUAUCUGGACCUGCAUGAGUGCUACCGCAAAUUUAUCAAUUUGAAGUUCACGGAAAAGGUCGAUUACGUCACCUACCUGAAGAACAUCGACCGGCUAUUUGAUAUUCCCAAAGAAAAGAAGUCGCCCGAGUACCGCCGCUAUUUAGAAGGUCUGCUUGACUACCUCAUGGAUUACUGCCAGCGCGUUUUCCCACUAACCGACUUGGCUGCUGAGUUUGAGCGCGUGCAGGUUGAGUUUGAGGAGAAAUGGGAAGGUGGUACGUUCCAAGGCUGGCAGAAGGACGCGGAGAGUGCCAUGGCAAAGCAGUCUGGUGCUCAUCUAGAUCUGUCGGCGUUUUCGUCGUCGGAAGAACUCGCAUCGCUUGGUCUUGAUCGUCUCAAGUCUGCGCUUCAGGCACUGGGGUUAAAGUGUGGUGGCACAUUAGAUCAACGUGCACAACGUCUAUUUGCUGCCAAGGACAACCAGGUAGACGGGGCUGCCGCUGCUGCCACUUCCACCAAGGGUGGCCGUAGUGCUGCACAAAAGCAAAAGAGCCUUGCCAGUCUGGAGGCCAAGGUCUACUACCUGUUUGAAGUGCUCGGAGAGCAGCGGCUGGACACUUGUGAGAACGUCGAACGUCGUCAGGCCAGAACCGCUGACGAGCUAGAGGAGGACGCACAAGCAGCAGAUGCUCUGGAUUCGGAUGACUCGGACGACGAUGAGUCCACACCGUACAACCCCAAGAACCUGCCGCUCGGCUGGGACGGCAAGCCCAUUCCUUACUGGCUGUACAAGCUGCACGGCCUUAACAUGACCUACGAGUGCGAGAUCUGUGGUAACUUCAAGUACCGUGGACCCAAGGCCUUCCAGCGACACUUCUCCGAAUGGAGACAUGCCCACGGUAUGCGCUGCUUGGGCAUUCCGAAUACUGCUCAUUUCGCCAACGUCACAUCCAUUGACGAUGCACAGAAGCUUUGGAACCGGCUGAAGGGCAGCAAAGAAAAGCUGCGCUGGAUGCCGGAUGCGGAUGAAGAGUUUGAAGAUUCCAGUGGCAACGUUGUCAACAAAAAGACAUUUGAAGAUCUCCAGCGUCAAGGUUUGUUGUAGUGCUUGACGUCUGGUCUUUACCCUUCUGUUGGCGCUCACCCCAUGUGAAACGAAACUAUUUUUAAACUUGUUUGUACAUCUACAUGACUGUGUGUGUGUGUGUGUGUGUGUGUGUGUGUGUGUGUGUGUGUGUGUGUGCGUGCGUGUGCGUGCGCGCGCGCUUAUUUCGUCUAUAUGUGUGCACUGUACAUAAUUGAUUGCAUGAAAGAGUGGUAUGCAGGCAUUCCAACAUUAUUAUGUCGUUACUAGUUUGCUGUUUGUCUUCUUUAUGUGUUAUGUAUGCUUGUACAUAUGUCGAGAACGAUCAUAGACUGAGCUUCUUGAUGAACAUGUGUUAGAAUCACUGUGUGCGUGUGUGUGUGUGCGCGCGUGUGCAUGUUCAAUUUCCAAUCGAGAGGUUGUGGGUUCAAUUCCCGAUGAUUAUGGCCACAUGCGAAUUUCUUCGCUGUCUCUUUU